AUGGAUCUUACAACUCUGAAUGAGCUGCUCGCCGGCAGUGUUGGUGGAGCAGCUCAAGUUCUCGUCGGUCAACCAUUGGACACCGUUAAGACUCGAGCUCAAAUCGCCCCCAAGGGAAUGUUCAGAGGCCCGAUGGAUAUUCUUGCGCAGACGGUGAGGAAGGAGGGCUUCUUCGCCCUGUACAAAGGCAUGGCGAGCCCUCUGGUGGGGAUAGCGGGAGUCAACUCCCUUCUCUUUGCAGCGUACGGGGUUUCGAAGCGAAUUAUUUCCCCGUUUCCACAGCUAUCCCUCAAAGAGAUUGCUGCAGCAGGAGCUAUGGCCGGUGCUGCAAACGCUAUACUUGCCAGCCCAGUUGAGAUGUUUAAAGUUCGCAUGCAGGGGCAGUACGGGUCGGCGACGGACAAACGUCUGCGUGCUGUCGUGAGCGAGAUGUGGUCGGAUUGGGGUCUUCGAAAAGGAAUCAUGCGCGGGUACUGGGUGACGGUAGCCCGUGAGAUCCCUGCCUAUGCAGGAUUUUACGCAGCGUUUGAGUUUUCGAAACGCAAAUUUGCCAGUAAAUAUGGGACUCAGUUACCUGUAUGGGCAUUGUUGGCGAGCGGUUCAACUGGAGGAAUCGCUUACUGGCUAUCUUGCUAUCCCUUGGAUGUGGUAAAAUCUCGUAUUCAACUCAGACCGACACCGCCAACUGGUACGCCUGUCCAGUAUAUCACGAGAGAGCUCCAGACUAUCGUUUCGGAAUCCGGAUGGAUUGGACUGUUUCGAGGCCUGUCUCCGUCUCUCUUACGAAGCAUACCCGCGGCAGCAAGUACGUUUGCAGCUUUUGAGCUCACACGAGAGUAUCUGAGGGAGACGACGGGCGUGUGA